GCUAGCAGUGAAGAAGAUCGGAAGCGACCAUCGGCGUCGCGGCGAAAAACGGCCGUGAGUUACAAGGAGGCUAGCGGGGAUGAGGCCACUGAUAGUGACGAUUUGCUGGAAGUGGACCAGGAAGCGGAAGAAGCGGCGGCAGCCGCUGCGGCGGAAGAAGAAAAAGCUGAAACGAUCGAGCGUAUUAUCGGAAGACGGCAGGGCCGGAAAGGAGCAACAGGUGCCCUCACGACCGUGUACGCGAUCGAGGAGAACGGUGAUCCAAACCUGCCAAAUGAAGCAGGCGAUCGCCGAUCGGGACAGAUGGAGGAACAGUAUUUGAUCAAGUGGAGCGGCUGGUCAUAUCUACACAGCACUUGGGAAUCGGAAGAAACACUCAAAGAGCAGAAGGUGAAGGGUAUGAAGAAACUUGAGAACUAUCUGAAGCGCGAAGAAGCACUGCAGCAUUGGCGUCAGUACCAGGCCGGGCCCGAGGAUAUCGAUUACUACGAGUGCCAGCAGGAACUUCAGCAGGAUCUGCUGAAGAGCCACUACAAUGUCGAGCGCAUCAUCGCCCAGGCAGACAAGGCGGAGGGUGGCGAGGGUACGGACUAUCUCUGCAAGUGGGAGUCCCUGCCGUACUCCGAUUCGACCUGGGAAGACGCGAGCUUGCUGCGCAAAAAGUGGCAGCGCAAGGUGGUUGAGUUUCACGAGCGCGAGGAGUCGCGAAACACACCGUCUAAGCACUGCAAGGCGAUCCGAUGUCGACCCAAUUUUCGACACUUGAAAACCCAGCCAGAGUACCUUGGCGAAGACCGCGGUCUGAAGCUACGGGACUACCAGAUGGAUGGACUUAACUGGCUCAUACUGACGUGGUGCAAGGAGAACUCGGUCAUUCUCGCCGACGAAAUGGGACUGGGCAAGACGAUCCAGACUAUUUGCUUUCUCUACUACCUCUUCAAAUCGCAACAAUUGUACGGGCCGUUUCUAUGCGUGGUACCGCUCAGCACGAUGCCAGCGUGGCAGCGUGAGUUUGCCAUCUGGGCGCCGGAAAUGAACUUUGUGACGUAUCUGGGCGACGUGCAGUCGCGUGAAAUUAUCCGCCAGUAUGAGUGGUGCUUUGACAGUACGAAAAAACUCAAGUUUAACGCCAUCCUGACGACAUACGAGAUUUUGCUGAAGGACAAGACGUUCCUCGGUUCGAUUAGCUGGGCUUCGCUCCUGGUGGACGAGGCGCACCGGCUGAAGAACGACGAUUCGCUUCUGUACAAAGCGCUGGAGGAGUUUGACACGAACCAUCGGCUGCUGAUCACCGGAACCCCGUUACAAAAUUCGCUCAAGGAGCUAUGGGCGUUGCUGCACUUUAUCAUGCCGCAACACUUCGCGUCGUGGGACGAUUUUGAGCGCAACUACGGCAGCACGAACGACAAAAGCUACACCAAGCUGCACAAGGAACUGGAACCGUACAUCUUGCGGCGCGUUAAGAAAGACGUCGAGAAGAGUUUGCCUGCGAAGGUGGAACAGAUACUGCGAGUAGAGAUGACGUCGAUCCAGCGACAGUUCUAUCGGUGGAUACUGACGAAAAACUUCAAUGAGCUGCGCAAGGGCCUGAAAGGAUCGGCUUCAACGUUUCUCAACAUUGUGAUCGAGCUGAAGAAGUGCUGCAACCAUGCGUCGCUGACCCGACCGAUGGAGUUCGGUGAGCAGGUCAACCAGGACGACGUGUUACAGCAGCUGCUGAAGGGAUCGGGGAAGCUGGUACUGUUGGAUAAGCUGCUCUGCAGGCUAAAGGAAACGGGCCACCGGGUGUUGAUCUUUUCGCAAAUGGUCCGAAUGCUGGACAUUCUGGCGGAAUAUUUGCAGAAGCGACACUUUUCCUUUCAGCGACUCGACGGCAGCAUUAAGGGCGAGUUGCGCAAGCAAGCGUUAGAUCACUUCAAUGCCGAGGGCUCGACGGACUUUUGCUUUCUCCUGUCGACGCGUGCCGGUGGUCUGGGCAUUAAUCUGGCGACGGCUGACACCGUCAUUAUCUUCGACUCGGACUGGAACCCGCAGAACGAUCUGCAAGCGCAGGCACGGGCACACCGAAUCGGCCAAAAGAACCAGGUGAACAUCUACCGGUUAGUAACGGCCCGAUCGGUAGAAGAAGACAUCGUGGAGCGGGCGAAACAGAAAAUGGUACUGGAUCAUCUGGUGAUCCAGCGGAUGGACACAACGGGCCGGACCGUGUUGGACGGUGGGGAUAAAAACAGCGGCAAUAGUUGGAACAGCAAGGUUGGUGGUGGCAGCAGCAACAGCAAUCCGUUUAAAAAAGAUGAGUUGUCGGCUAUCUUAAAAUUCGGCGCUGAGGAGCUGUUCAAAGAGGAGGAAGACGGCGACGAAGAGCUCGUUUGCGACAUUGACGAGAUCCUGCGACGGGCGGAAACACGGGACGAAGCACCCGGUAUGCCGGGCGACGAGUUACUCUCGGCCUUCAACGUGACCACGUUCGAUUUCGACGAGGACACAGUGGGCGGCAAGCCUAUUACUACCAAGGACCCAGAAACAGCGGAAGCCGAAGGCACGAAGCAGUUUUGGGAUGGUAUCAUUCCGCAGUCAUAUCGUGAGCUGGUCGAGGCCGAAGAGCGUGAUCGGGAGAUCAAGGACCUGUAUCUUCCACCGCGCCGGCUUGCGAUGAAGCAAAAUGAGACUGACAGUGCGGCUGAUGGUAAGGGUGGCAAGGGCGGAAAGAAGACUAAAAAAGGGCACCAGGAGGAAAGCGACGAAGACUCUGAAGCCAGCAUUGGUGGUGGACGGGGCGAUGAGGACGGCAAAGCGAAGCGCGCACGAGGGCGACCAUCCAACAAGGAGAAGAUUGCAGGCUUCACCGAUGCGGAGCUGCGCCAGUUGAUAAAGAGUUACAAAAAGUUUCCGGCUCCACUGAAGCGCCUUGAAGCUAUUGCGUGCGAUGCGGAGUUGCAGGAGAAGCCGCUCUCGGACUUGAGGCGGGUCUCGCAGCUGCUGCACGAUCGAUGCCUGCAAACGAUGAAAGAGAUCGCUCGAGAAGCGGAAAACGAAAAGCACACAGGGCCAGUCUCGGCCGGUGAUGCGGCCAAACGGAAGUGUGCCCGUGCGGCGUACUCGAACAAAAUCGGUGGCGCAUCGUUCAACGUGAAAACUAUGAUGCAGUGCGUCGAGGAACUGCAGCCUCUGGACGAAGUGAUCCCAGCCGACCCAGCUGAACGGAGCCGGUGGCAGCUGAACUUCAAAACCCGACCGCCCAACUUCGACGUCGAGUGGAGCGGAGAGGACGAUUCGCGACUGCUACGGGGCAUCUAUCAGUACGGGAUCGGGUCGUGGGACGCGAUGAAGAUGGAUCCAUCGCUUGGGCUGUCGGACAAGAUACUGGCGAACGAUGCAAACCGGAAACCUCAGGGCAAGCAUCUGCAAUCUCGGGCCGAAUAUCUGCUGAAGGUGUUGCGCAAGACGCUCGAGCUGAAGCGCGGCCCUUCAAAACCGCGCAAGCCGCGCAAACCAAAGGAACCCAAAGCGGCGGUUGCUGGAGGAGCCGUCCCAAUCCUAAUGCACCAUUCCGCGGCUGCCGGUAGUCCACUAACUUCGGGCACGGAUUCAAUAGGCUGCUCGAUAUCGGCAACGAUAGCAGCACAUUCGAAUGGGUCGCGGGCUGACGAACACCACCCGAACCAUCAUUACGGUAAAGAUCAGGCAACGGCGGGUGGGAAGGAGAAAAAGAAGUCCAAAAAGGAUCGCCAAAAGGAUUCGAAGAAGAAGAAGGAUAAAAAUACGGGGCCGAUGCACUUCACUGCGAACAACGAACCGUGCGCGCUCAACAUUUUGGGCGAUCUGGAUCCGACGGUCUUCAACGAAUGCAAGGAAAAGAUGCGGCCGGUGAAGAAGGCACUAAAAACGCUCGACAAUCCGGACGAAACUCUGCCGCAGGAUGAACAGCUGCGACAGACGCGCGACUGCCUGCUAAGCAUCGGCAAUCAAAUCAACCUGUGUUUGGGCGACUACCGAGAUCCGGAAAAGGCGAAAGAGUGGCGCAGCAACCUUUGGUACUUUGUGUCCAAAUUCACUGAAUAUGACGCUCGCAAACUGUUCAGAUUGUACAAACAUGCACUCAAGCGCAGUGAGGGCACUGCUGAUCGGUCAGGUGGUGACACGAGUGCCGACGGCGGCGGUGUUAAGAAAUCAUCCGCUGAGCACAGUUCCGGCACUGCACCGACCCUCCAGCUCGGUAGAUCUCCUAUGAAAGAUGCCAAAGACGCUGCCAAGCACCAACACCACCAUCAGCAUCAUCAUUAUCACCCUCAUCAGAAUCAUCCUGCUGCUGCUGUCGGCAUCAUCCAGUCAACGUCGGCAUUAAAUGCGUUGGGAAAGAUUAAGAAAAUUUCCAGCAGCAAACAGGACAACGGGCACAGUAGCUACGAUGGGCCAUUGGCGUCAAAGUCUCCGUUGAAAGCCCAGAGCAUGCUGGUCGACGGCGGGACCGGUGGUAUGGACGAGGAAAAGGCCAGAUCGCGACGCGAAAGGAAGGACAAAAAGCGACACCAUCUGCUAGGAGGGACGAUAAGCGGACCGAUUGUCAGUGAUUCGGCACUGCAGCAGCGGGAGCGUUACAUGGCCGCGACGGCAGCGGCUGCAGGUGGAGCCAUCGAUCAUGGAUCGGACUCCGGUGGCAAGGAGGAAGGCUCGUCAAUGCAUUCCAAACGGCGCCUCGAGGAAGGGGAGUAUGAUGAAAAUAGCAAAGAGUACAAAAGGCUGCAUGGUGGUGACAGUCGAAACCAUCGUGGAGACCGGGAUAAAAAGUGGGACGAAUACGGUGAUCGUGAUCGUAUGAGAAACAUAGGGCCUCGGGGAUCUGCACCAAACACGCCGCAAAGUGGACGUGGAUUCCCGGACUCACGAGACGAUCGGGGAUCGUACGUAGGCGUGGAUACAUCGGUGGAUCGUUGGAGAGAUAGAUACGGCGGCGAACACAAACGAGAUCGAUACGAAGGUUACUUAAGCCGUAUUGGCUAUCAUCGAGACCGGGACCGUGACAGAGAACGCGAAUGGGAUCGCGACCGGGGCGAACGCGACCGUGAGCGGGAUCGUGAUCGAGGUGAUCGCGAUCGAGAUCGAGAUCGCGGAGAGCGUUGUUUCAAGGACAAGCGCAGACAUAUGCCUCCCGGCACCGGAAGCUACCCAAGUAAUCACUACGGAAUGCCCCCGGCUGGCUACUAUCCACCCGCAGACGGCACAUCGUAUCGUCCCUAUCCGGUUGUGUUUCCACCCCGGCAACCACCUGGCGGUGGUCUCCUGCCCGUCGUCGUUCCUGGGUCCGUUGGAAGUUCUGGCGGCUGUGCUGGCGCUGGCAGUGCAGUUGGAAAUGCCGGUGAGUCUGCCAGUGGCGCCGGCUUGCAACCAGACUACUUGGAAAGUCGACGAAACUAGCGAAACGAUGGACUGCCUUAACCUGCGGCGAAUAAAUAACUUAAUCUUACGACUCUGGUCAUAAUUUCUUCCGCCAGUCAACGAACCCAUCGUCCUUCCUGGUAUUUGCUCUCCGGAGAAUUGAAAAGUGCGGGAAAUGCACAUUUCCGCCAGCAAAUUAGAAUAAUUGUAACAUCAACAUAGAACCGGAGACAAACGUGGCGGAUCCGCUUGGCGUAAGGUAGGGCAAAAUUGAAGGCGUAGUAGGUAUCUGUUUUCCGACGCCUCAGCUGCGGUUCCACAAACAAUCGAUUACGUGUGUAAGAGUAAUUUAUUUCAAUGCAAAGACGUGAGGAAUAGGAUUAUAGAGGCAAGAGAAGUGCAACACACUCAGAACCCCACACACACACUCACAAGCGAAGACCUUAUUCACCGUUUAUUACUUUACAUUCACAAAGUCACAUACGCUACUCUCGCGGAUAGCAUUUGAAACCAUUGAACAUUGUACAUAGUUGCCUAAUAGAUCACUGCUAAUUGGGCAGCAAUCUGAGAAUUAUUGAGUAAUCAAAUCAAAGCGUUUCGCGCCAGCGAUACUCCACUUCUGGACCCAAAUACACAUGUUUCAUAAGUUUAGCGAAGAGUGUAAAAAGAGUGUAGAUUUUGUAGACCGAGCAAUACGUAAUUCAUUGCCGUAUUAUUGUGAUUUUACCCACUAAGUUUUAAUGAUUUGUAGCGUAUGUUUUUCUGCUACGGUGAAAAGCUGUCAUUGUUCUGUUACGAAGACAUGCCCCAUUCGCGUUUAAAUAUAAUUUACGGUUGAUGCAUCACGCCAAGUGGUUCAAAUUCAACGUGAAAGAAAAUGCAAAAAGAAACUCAAUUUGCAAUUGUAGGAACGAAUAUUAGGCGAGAAAUAGAGCACUCACAAAAGUUAAAUAGUGAAGAUGAACAAUAUACUCCACAGAAUCCUUUGGAACACCCGGACCAGAAUUAGCUUCUUCAGGCAAAUCAGCGAAACAGGCCAGGAAUAGACGGAAGGAGUGUGUAAAUGUAAAGAGAGCCAAGAUUGGAGGCGAUUGUUAGGUGAGGGAAAUACAACUUAAGGACUAUGAUGAACCAUUUGGCUAAUGAAUUGAACGAAAGUUUACCAAUAAAAUAAGAUACGAAAUUCAAUCUCCAA